CUGGGCGCGUGAAGCGGGGCUGGCGCUUGCGGCACGCGGGGCGCAUCUGAGAGGGGCUCUUCUCGGCCACCAUGCCCGGAGCGGCGGCGGCGGCGGCUCUAGCGGCCGCCUCGUCGGCCGGGGGCUCGGCGUCGCUGGCGGGGGGCUCGGCGGCCGGGGCUCUUCUGCCGCCUCAGGAGGCGGCCAAGCUGUACCACACCAACUACGUGCGGAACUCGCGCGCCAUCGGGGUGCUGUGGGCCAUCUUCACCAUCUGCUUCGCCAUCGUCAACGUGGUGUGCUUCUUCCAGCCGUACUGGAUCGGCGACGGCGUGGAGACGCCUCAGGCGGGCUACUUCGGGCUCUUCCACUUCUGCACGGGCAGCGGCUUCUCCCGGGAACUCACGUGCCAGGGCAGCUUCACGGACUUCUCGAGCCUGCCCUCGGGAGCCUUCAAAGCCGCCUCCUUCUUCAUCGGGCUCUCCAUGGUGCUCAUCAUCUCCUGCAUCGUCUGCUUCAUCCUCUUCUUCUUCUGCAACACGGCCACCGUCUACAAGAUCUGCGCCUGGAUGCAGCUGUCCUCCGCUGCCUGUCUUGUCCUGGGCUGUAUGAUUUAUCCUGAUGGCUGGGAUGCAAAAGAGGUGAAACGGAUGUGUGGUGAAAAGACAGACAAGUACACAUUGGGGGCUUGUUCAAUCCGCUGGGCGUAUAUUCUGGCCAUAAUUGGAAUCCUGGAUGCCCUGAUCCUCUCUUUCUUGGCAUUUGUACUUGGCAAUAGACAGGACAGCUUACUAGCAGAGGAACUCAAGCUGGAAAACAAAGAUGAUGGAAAUGCUUAAAACAAGCAAAGCUAGUGUGAAACUGACAAAUUUCUGCUAAGCCAAUCCUCACUAGAAUGAGCACAAAACAAAACCAAGUAACAGCUUUUGUACAUCAGCAUUAAAUGGGAAGACGCUUGGGAAGGAAGGCUGUGAUGAAGGAGAACGUUGAUGAGUGUAACAAAAAAAUAAAAAGUCUGAUUGCCGAGAGCUGCCUUCUAAACACAGUUCAGCCAGACAUGCAAGUGGUUCUCUGGAGAGAGAGAUUCGAUCCUGGGUUUACCCACCAGCUCAUUAGGAACUGUCACUGGGUGCAACAUUCAGAAGGCAUGCAUGAAAAGUCACAUAAGGGGAAUAAAUUUUAAAAGGGGGUAUAGUUGUCACUAGGUAAACAUAUUAAUAUACAUGCAUCAAGGAGGUUUGUAAAAAAAAAAUUAUUAUUAUUUCAACUGAAAAGCAAAAUCCAUUUCACAGUUAACUCAGAGAAUUCCUGUUCCGGCCACCAGGAACCAGAGAGGACAACACUUUCCAUCCAGCGCUGCAGACAAGACUCAGAGGAAAUGGCGUAAACUUUUUGACUCCACCAUUGCUGCACCUCAUUUGGCCUUCACUUUGAAACACAAUGCUUCUCGAUUCCUUGCCUACAUGUCCUCUUUACUCUCUGUGCGUAGCGACUCUGUGGCUGUUUCAGACUCGAAUUCUCAUUCUGCAAGGCUGCAAAGGCUCUGAGGUGGUGGCUCCCAAACUGCGAAAUCAUCAUGAGGAGGAAACAUGAAAACCCAUAAAGUGACGAGUGACCCAUCUCCUUCCACAAUUCUUCCGCAGGCUAUUCCAGAAAUUCAUUGGGGACCUUCUUUACCCAAUAGGUUCCUUGUAGCAUGUCUCCAUUCCCCUCCUUGCCUCCCAGUCAAAUUAUAAACUGUGGAGGGUAGAGAGCUCAGAUAAGGUAAGAUUGAGAACGGAGGUGUAAAAGAUGGGCCCAAUACAUUUUUUGUGCCUGAAGCAGACAGUCCAAAAUGUGUCUGUCGUGUGUGUGUGUGUGUGUGUGUGUGUGUGUGUGUGUGUGUGUGUUUAAGAUAAUAUUUCAAGAAAUUGCUACCCCAAAUUUGCCUCCUGAAGCAAACUCAGCCAGCUCCCUCAUGUUGAGUUGGCAGUUGGGGUAAGUGCUGCUGACGUCCAGUGGGAAGCCAUUUUGCAAAACAUUACCCAGUAAGGUUGGUAAACAAUGUAGAGUUAGUCUAGGCAUCCGAAAUGUAAGAGCUGCCGUGACGCACUUUUACCGUUUUUCUGAUCCGAGAGAAGGAAAUGGACGUUCUUUACAAAUAGCAAUGAAAGGACUGCUUGGAACGAUUAUUCCAACUAGCUCAAAGUAGACAGCAAACAGAUCUAACUCUGGGCAGCUACGUUUUCAUUGUAUCGUUGCCACACUAGGCUUUGAGGCACGCCAGUCGAAUGUGGGGAUCCAUUUGAAUGGGGGAAAUACAUAAGAGGUACAUUUCUGCUCUCAGUGAUAUUUUCUUCGGCCAAUCCAUCUUUCUGCUCCUCUGCUGCCUUUAGAAAACUUGACUAUAAGUAAUGUAUUGUCAGUACGGAUCCCUCCAUGCACAACAUCGCACAAUGCUUACUAAUUACUUAUACCUGACAGAAACUGGUAACUCUUUGCCACAGGUGGGCACUACAUCAGGAUGCGUGACUCCUCCUUUACAACUCUGGUUCACCAUUCACCACUGCAUCUAGCAUAAGAAAAACGCGCUGUAGUAGAAGGGUUUUUCGGUGGACAAGCUAGAUUUUGCAUUUUUGAAUAAAUCUGCAGAAAUCCAUUUGUGUUCAAAACUGCCUGUCUCUCUGAUUGAAAUGCCUAUGGACAUGCUAUCAAUAUAUUUAAAAGGGUUCUUUCUAAGUAAACAAUACCCCCCCACUAUCUAGGUGCUUAUGCUGCCCCCAGCACUGUAGUAUUCCAAUGAUGUGUGCUGAGUGUUUGCCAGAGGAAGCUACCGAUAACAUUGUUAUACAGCAUAAAUAGAUAUUCAUAGUGUCUCUUUCACAGUGGUGCUGUAUAAUGUGAUUCCCUCCCGAGGUUCCAAGGACAAAAUGGCUCGCCGCGGGCUUUGAAUGAAAGGUCAGUGGAAGUGCAGGGGAACUUCAUUAAUCUUGAACAGCCUGGAGGAAAUGUCUAGACAACCCAAUAUUUGGUUAAACAGGAGUAGCAUAUUUACAUAUACAUAUGUAGUCCUGUACACCUGUGGCUGCAAUGAACCUUGAUCUCUAGAUGUUCCGCCUAACUAAGGAGAUAGUAAUUAACGGCCAAAAAUGGGUGUCUCGUGUUGAGUUAUCUCCCUCUGUCAAAAGUACGACCCCUUAAUGUAUGUCCUGAUGUCAGGAUCCUCUUCCCCUACCAGUGGCAACCAACUAUUUGCAAAAUGGGGUGGAAAUACUCCAAGUCUGAUGAUACCAGGAGGACAUCAUUGAACUAGAUGUUUAAAAGGAGAAUAAAGGACAUUUUCCUUGGCAACCCAUUUCUCUCACAAUGUAUGGUUCCACCAUCAGAUUAACGGAGUCAUUAUUUGUCUGGGUCAUGUCCCACUUCUUUUUUUUCUUUACUUUUAAAUUUGUUACUACUGUUGUUAGUCUUAAAUGUUAUAACAUGAUUUGCCAUCUUAUUGCUUGCUGUGGCCUGGUGGUUUCUGCCUCAGGCUUCCAUUAGGCUCCCAUAUCAUGCUGCAGAAGAAAUGAUAUAAGUAAUAAGUAUAGCAUCGAUGAUAAAGUUAUCUCGUGUUACCCCAGAAUACAGAAUUCAGUGGGACUUGCUCCCUAGUAAGUGCAUUUAGGAUUGCAGCCUUACAGCCCAAUCCGAUGCAUGUGUUCUCAAAUGUUACUUCAGUCAGCCUUAUUCUUAAGUAAGUAUGCAUAGGACUGCAGCCUUACAUUGCAAUCCUAUAUGCGUCUACUCAGAAAUAAGGUCUAAUGCUUUCAGCAGGGCUUAUUCCCACGCUGGUGGGACUAGGGUUAUAUCCUUAGUUAUAAAAUGGAAUGUUUAGGGUUGGAAAGGACCAGAGAUUCAUCUAAUCUGACCCUUUGCACUGUGACAGAAAAACGACAGAGCCAGGGAACCCCCCCUCACCCCCUGCUGUGAGAGAAAAGCAGUAAAGGCAAAGGAGCACCAUGCCAUGAGUGCUUGAAGGGCAGUGGUAGCUAAAAUGCCCCCCCAAUGUAAACUACGACUCCUAUCAUCCCUGACCAUUGGCCAUGCUGGCUGGAGUUGAUGGAUGCUGUGGCCCAAAAGAAUUCAGCGGCAUGGCUUUGGCUACCUCUUUCUGUAGGCCAAAAAAACCCCAGAUUCCGGUGCUUAAAAGGUAAGAGUUGUUCUGAGUAUUACAGGGAAAUGCCAGAAAGGACAUCAGUCCAAACUCUGAUCAGCUGGUUCUGACAUCACACAGCAACUCUGCUGAGGUAGUACGUAAUGUGAAUGUUUGGCUUUUUGGUGUGUGGUGACCAUGAUUGUCUUUCUAGUUUGCCACACUUCCUGGAAAACCGUCAAUAUUUCAAUCACGUGUUGAACCAUGAGUCAUUGUCCAGAACAGACAACACGCCCAAAAAAGUCAUUGUCCUUCACAUCGCAGCCUCUCAAGAGCUUGAACCAGAAACCUUCCUGACCUCCUUAGCAGCAUCUUCUGCAAAGGAUAGCUGGGGUUGAGGGAUGGGGAAUCGGUCCUUUUCUGUCCUCAUAACUAUGUUUGGUGCUGUUCCUGGCUUCUCAUUAGCCUCUGGUGACCCUGACUUAAGUAUGACACCUUUCCGGUCAACUUCUGGCCCUUACCAGAGCAACUGAUCUCUUUGGAUUUGUGCUUUCCUACCUUCCGUUGCCAUACAAAGUUUUAUUCUCUGUACCUGCUUUGUCCUCAACCUCCCUCUGGUCUGUGCUUUGGUCUUAGCCUUCCAAAGAUGAAUUAUCCAGCAGUGACCAUGGCCCUCCCACCAUGUUUUUGACCAUUGUUGACUCCAGUGUUGAUUCCGCAACACCUGACAUUUCCAGAAAACUGCCACUUUUCAUGUGAUCCAAAGCUCCUUGACCUAUUGGGGCUCAUUGAAUCCCAUUACCUAGUCCUGAGAAAACUGGCCAUUGCUGACUUUGUUGGUACCAAUAUGGCGGGGUGGUCCUUAGACCCCAAUCGUGAAAGCAAAACUCGUUACUCUCUUCCGCAGAUGUUCCCACCUCUUGGCAAUCCUGUCUCUCACUGUGGCCCAGUAAUGUUAUUGCAAAAAUCUUGCAAAGCGAUGUGGGUUUUUCCAUGACCAUUUGUGUGUAGAUAUAUGCGUGUGUGUGUAUAUACAUGUACAUAAAUAUAUAUAUAUAGAUAGAUAUAUAAAGGAAACAAAACAGUUUUAAGUACAUACAUCAUUCAAUGUAAGUAGAAGUCUGUUUUCUUAAAGUGUUGACACUUUCCACCAGGUCGCCCCAUUGUAACAUGUCAAAAAGAGUUGUGGUCUUUUGGUUUCUUUGCUUUGUUUCUGUUUGUGCUUUUUUGAAAAGAAAAAACGUCAACAAAUUGUAAAGAAAUCUGUUGGAAUACCUGCCUUUCUGAAGAAACAAAGAACAAUAAUUUUUGUUACUUUAAGGUAUGCUUGUUAUUAA